UGAUAUAAACCGUCACCAUCAGUAUCAUAGCCAUGAGUGCUGAAAAAUUUCGCGCGAGUGCCGAAAGCGGGGAGGUUCCGGUUGAUUGCCAUGAUCAGGUGUUACAAAUAGCAUAUAUCUAUUCGGAUGAAGGGAUGUGGGAUGGCAACGGAAUCUUCGAUGUCUUGGAUAAGCUCCAUGCGCGUGGGUGGUCAUUUGGUCAGGGAGAUCUGAAGUUCAAUCGCACUCUGGAUAUAUCUUACCUGGCUCAAAUAGCAGCCGGCUUCUAUCGCUCCAACUUCCAAACCGACGACGACCCCCUCUCAGCAGACGAGUUCGACGCCUUCUACGCCCAGCACCACCAGUUGCUCAACCAGGACGCGUGGAGACAGUACUACUCGCCAACUUUUCUCGCGCAAGCAACCUCGGCUCGCUUCUACCGCCUCCCGGACUUGCAAGACCUACCAGACUCAAGCGGCCCGCUCGGGGAGCCGCGACAAAAAGGAAUCGGCCACUUUACCAAACUUCCCCGCUGGGCAUAUAACGCCGCGCGGACCCCUAAGAGAUCGCCAACUCUCUCCGUAGCAACCAUCACUCAAAUCGCUCUCUCCACCCUCCAGCAGACUACCUUGCGCCUACAGAAGGACCACCCAAGCGUUCAACCUUACUCAGCGACUCAAGCCAGCUUCUGGCUCAAGCACAUGAAUAUAGAUUUUCCCGGCCCCUUUACUAAGAAGCAGAAACACAGACUCAACGAAUUCGAUGUGUUUGCCGCGCAAGGAGGCUACGAUAUAUGGGCGUGGGAAGCGCACUACUCGCCGAAACUAUGGGACUCGAUAGAAGCGAGAAUCGCGCCCCUCGAGCCAGAUUUGGAUGGGACACUCAAGAGCGAGGUGAUGUGGUGUGGGAUGCCGGAUGGUUGUUAUGUGGAAUGGGCGGCGCGGGGAAUAGGGUGGGAACCGGAGGUGGGGGGUGAGGAGGAGAUUCAGUUCUUGGCUGAGAUUGCGGUGAAAGAGACGGAGAGUAUUGAGGUGGGUAAUUGGGACUAUGAAAUGCGAUCGCACUUGCUCCUAGGGGUGAUGCAUGCUGUGUUUCAGACUGAGCGGGAAAAGCAUGUGGAGGGUCUGAAGCAGAGGAUCGUUGAGUCUGGCAUUUAUGAUGAGAUUAAGGUCGAGCAGUGGAUUCAAGAAGUUCGGGUGGUCAUAGAGCCGUACAUGCAGAAGUUGGAGGUUUGGCCUCCCACAGUUGAGGAUCGGAGUGGAUUAUUACGGCAUAUCCUUACGGAGAAUGGGCAGCUUUUCGCAGGAUGGAGGCUUUCAGACACAUCCAAAGAGUUUGAUUUCCAGCUGAAACCAAAGGAAUAACAUACAUCCCACCCAAGUUGGGC